GUCCCUCGUCACCGUCAGCGGUCGAUCCCCUCGCCGUCAGCACAUCCGUCUGCAACCCAUCCUUCGUACUGGUCUCUGAACUAGCUCUUCUUCCAGUCUGAUUGAAAUUGCAGAUUUGAGCCCUGUAUACCCCUCUCGACCUUUGAUAGCCAUCAUGGAGCUCUCGAUAGACGACAUCCUCCGGAUGCCGCGUGAAAGUGCGGGGCCUCUUCUCGAAAGAAUGAUCAACAAGUCUAAACACGUUCGGAACGAGAACCUAACUCUUGCGGCUCAAGUUCGUACGCUCGAAGCAGAUAAAGCUGCACUUGAGGAGCGGUUGGAAAGUCUUAUGGGAAUGAAAACUGAAGAAUUGCCGUCCAUGAACUUCGGCUUUGUCUACAGAGACCACGAGGAACUUGUGCAAACGCUGCAAGACCAGGAGCAGAAGAUCGCGGAGCUUCAAUCCGAAAACGUCAAGGCCAAGGAGAAGCUCAAGUUCAGGAAAGACGAGAUCAAGCGUUUGACUGACUUGUACGAGAGAACGCAUACCGAAGACGACUCACAGGCGAACCAAGGUGAUCGGGAGAGUCGCCCGGAGUCCUAUGAGAAGGAUUUAGGCACUGAGAACGCAAAGCGUGACGAAAGCGAUCUUGUUCUUGAGCGGCAUAAAUCGGAACAUCUGCAGACCCUGCUUUCAGCACGGGAAAGGGAGAUUAAUAGAUUGAGAUCGCCAACUAUACCGGUGAGAAGGUUGCAUGAUCCAAUGGCCUUUCUGAAAAAGGAAAAUUGCUUCCCUAUAUCGCAUCCUACGGUACACGAGUUAAAGCCUCUCUCAGUGGAUUGGGCUCGUGUCCGACCAAAGCUGCCUGAAGCUCUGUGCACAAGCCAGAUAUACACGGCUGCUCGCCAUGGCAUCGUACUUAAGGCUCCGCAAGACAUUUCAAGCGCGCUCCUCAUCUCCCCACACCAAACUAUCACUCCCGAGCCCGUCAGACGGUUUAAUUGUCAUGUUCCUUUCAAAACAGGGGAUGUCUUCGAUCUAGUAUUUGAGGUCUUAAAUGAUAACCAGGAAUAUAGGUGGUACUACGCAGGCCGAUACAAGUGUAUGUUUUUUUCCGUGAUGCCUCUGAAAUAUGUCUCGAGUGCAAUGCCAAAGCAUAUACGCCCAUACCUUCGCGAGCAGAUAUUCGGAUCACUGGAUACGCAGCCACGGACGCUUCGAAAAUUCAUCCACAACAUUUUCGACUCCGGUGUACUCGAAGUACACUGUUUCGGUAUCCACAGGGUCGGUUACGACUCAGCGCUAAGUAGCGCACUCCAUGCCUCGGCUACCUCGUGGAUGCCUCUUCCCGAGACGCUUGCACAAAAUGUCUCGGUUCUCAAGGAUGACAGGGAUAGGAAGCGUAAAAGAAGCAGUCUGGACGCUGAAGGCGCCCAUGACACUGGCGAAGAACCUAAACGGAGGGGGCAGGGCGAUUUCAGUUGGGUCUUUGGAGAUAAACGUUGAUUGGUAGUGAAGAUGAGCUGUUGUUUGUUGGUCUUACUCUUGUAGUGCGUGGUCGGGCCACUGUCCUCUGCUAUCGACCGCGCCCUCUUCCGCGCUCACGCCUUCUGCAGCACACGGACGACAGGACUAGGACCCGCCGCUUUUCGUUACUUGUAUGAAGUGCCUCAAACGGUACACCGUUGGCCCUUUUCAAUAUAAGUACGUAUACUUCA